AUGCCUCCACAUAUUUUUGCUAUAGCCGAUACGGCAUAUCGGUCUAUGCUUCAAGGUAUCGCUCUGUUUCUUAAAAGCGAGAGGAUCAGUCUAUACUCUGCACGUGAGGGAUUCUCUAACUUAAUGCUUUAUUUCAUCACAUCCUUAUCGGAAGUCCUAUUCGGGUCUAUUUAUUCUUUAACUUCCAGUGGUGAGUCUGGGGCUGGGAAAACUGAAAAUACGAAGAAAGUUAUUCAGUAUCUUGCCUGUGUUGCUGGCGCUACUCGUCAAAGUAAAACGUCUUCUCCAAUGAAGCCUCGUCAGGAUUCGCAGAACGUCAUCGGUGAACUGGAAAAUCAGCUGCUUCAAGCUAAUCCUAUAUUAGAAGCUUUUGGAAACAGCAAAACUGUGAAAAAUGACAACUCCUCUAGAUUUGGAAAAUUUAUCAGAAUUAAUUUCGACACGUCGGGUUAUAUUUCCGGAGCCAAUAUCGAGUUUUAUUUGCUUGAGAAGUCCAGGACACUACGUCAGGCUGCGGAAGAGAGAUCAUUCCAUAUUUUUUAUCAGUUUUUGCGUGGCACAACAACUGCUGAAAAAGGAGGCUUCUUACUGGAAGACGUCCAUAAAUAUCGCUUUCUUAACAAUGCUGUGUUACGAAUGGUAUCGGCAGUUCUCCUAUUUGGUAAUAUGGAAUUCAUGCAAGAAAAGAAGUCCGAUCAAGCUGUCUUACCUGACGAUAGAGUUGCGCAAAAGCUUUGCCAUCUUUUGGGUUUGCCUUUGGUUGAUUUUACAAAGGCGUUCUUAAGACCGCGUAUCAAAGUCGGAAGGGAGUACGUGCACAAGGCUCAGAAUAAGGAGCAAGCUGAGUUUGCUGUUGAGGCUAUUAGCAAGGCUUGUUAUGAGAAGAUGUUCCGUUGGUUAGUUGGAAGAUUGAACAAAUCAUUGGACAGAACACGGCGACAAGGGGCUUCCUUUAUUGGCAUUUUAGAUAUUGCUGGGUUUGAAAUCUUCGAGUUGAAUUCUUUCGAACAGCUCUGUAUAAAUUACACUAAUGAAAAGCUGCAACAGUUGUUCAACAACACUAUGUUUGUACUGGAACAAGAAGAGUACCAGAAAGAGGGAAUAGAUUGGGAAUUCAUUGAUUUUGGUCUUGAUCUGCAACCUACUAUAGAUUUAAUUGAAAAGCCUAUGGGUAUCCUUGCGUUAUUGGAUGAACAGUGCCUUUUUCCUAAAGCUACUGAUAAGUCUUUCGUCGAAAAGUUAUUUGUUAAUCAUUCUAAGCAUCCAAAGUUUGUUAUUCCUGAGAUGCGGGCGAAGUCUGAUUUUGCUGUAAUCCACUAUGCAGGUCGCGUCGAUUAUUCAGCCGAUCAAUGGCUCAUGAAAAAUAUGGACCCAUUGAAUGAAAAUGCAGGAAAAAUUGCGUCAUUGCUUGUACUAGAACAGUUGAAAUGCAAUGGGGUAUUGGAAGGCAUUAGAAUUUGUCGUCAAGGUUUUCCUAGUAGAGUUCCAUUUCAAGAAUUUCGUCACCGUUAUGAGCUUCUUACUCCCAAUGUAAUUCCUAAAGGAUUUAUGGAUGGAAAGGAAGCAGUGAGGAAGAUGAUUGAGGCGCUUGAAAUGGAAGCUACUUUAUAUCGGCUUGGUCAGUCGAAAAUUUUUUUCCGCGCUGGGGUUUUGGCUCGGUUGGAAGAGGAGCGAGACCUCAAGUUAACCGAUCUCAUAAUUUCGUUCCAAGCACAAUGCCGUGCAUUCCUUGCUAGGCGACUCUACCAAAAACGUAUGCAGCAAUCAAACGCAAUACGGGUACUUCAACGAAAUGGUUUAGCGUGGCUGAAACUAAGGAAUUGGCAGUGGUGGAGGCUUUUUACAAAGGUUUUGGUUCAGGAUAUGUUUGCAGAAUAUGUCAAACCUCUGUUACAAGUUACAAACCAAGAAGCUGUUAAAAAUGCACUAGAAGAGGAGCUGAGAACUGUUAAAGAUAAGUUUUCCAAGGUUGAAAGCGAGUAUAAUGCUAUGGAGAAACGGUUCCAGUCUCUGAACGAAGAGAAAAAUGUUCUGCAGGAGCAGUUGCAGCAAGAAAGCGAGGAAAGAGCGGAAGCUGACGAGGCUAAAGAGCGGCUUACCGUUAGGAAGGGAGAAUUGGAGGAAAUGAUUAGCGAAAUGAGUGCGAAACUUGAGGAAGGUGAAGAGCAACUUGAGAAAGCUUCCGAGGAGAAGAAGAAAUUACAGGUUAGAGCUGACAUUUAAAU